AUAACAUGCAGUGGCCAUAUCGUAAUAAAGCUUUCUAGACAACGUCAAUUGUUGGUCACGGUGCUGUGUUAUUGAAGAAUCCAUACUACAUUGAAAGCCUAAAAAUUUUACCAUCUCUAGUUCACGAUUGUUAAUUUAUAUUCUAUUCAUUUCGUAAGAAAUUACAAUGGCCAACGCUCCAGCUACUGUAAGUGCAACUAAGCCGGUUUUACGUGGCCUGCAUAAUGCAACCAUCAAGAAGAAUUUGACUGUUGCUAUUGCCCUAACUGCAGUCGUAACAGUUGCCUGGAGUUUUCUGAUUAACAGUCCUAAAAAGGAGGCUUAUGCUCAGUUUUACAAGAACUACGAUGCGCAAAAGUCUUUUGAACGUAUGAAGGCGAACGGCCGUUUCCAAGGCUGUUAGACAACUUGGAUGAUAUAUGUUACAAAUAAAUUAUUACAAAUAACUGAGUAGCAAUUUGAGUGAAAAUAUAUAUAUAUAUAUCAUAAACAAACAAAA